CCUCUCGCACGUGGGUCGCAGUGUUGUGCUUUCACCGACAACCUGCCUCGGGAUUCAAACCUGCCACGGAUUCGAACCGGCAUCAGAUCAUAAUUCAUCUUCGGACCUUUGAGUAUCAGGACCUUCAAAUGUGAUUCCUGAAGAUGCCUCUUCACGUGAACUCUGACUCACCGGAGAGGAGCCACCGCUGCAGCUGCUUCUGCCUCGGGCCCCUAGCCUUCCACGGCUCCGCUGUGGGGGCCCACCUCAGCCUGGGGCUGGGCCGGAGGCUGGCCCGCCGGACGGAGUGCACCUUCAACCACGGCCUGGCCUUCAGCUCCCGGCCCGUGCGUGUGGGCGAGAAGGUAUCCCUCCAGGUGAGGAAGCAGACGGACAACUGGAAGGGGGCUCUGCGGCUGGGCUUCACCAGCGUGCCCCCCGGCAGCCGAGCGCUGCCCCUCGCCCCCAUGGCCAUCCCCGACCUUACAGACAUCGCGGGCCACUGGGCCAAUGUCGUACCGGUGGCCUUCUGCCAGCCGGGCUCCGUGGUGAAGCUCUGGGUGUCCCACGGCGGGACGGUGUACUGCGAGACGAAGAUCUACAAGAGACACGUUCUGGCGAAGGGAGUGGACCUUGGCCGGCCACUGUGGGCCCUGGUGGACGUCUACGGACAGACCUGCGCCGUGCUCCUGCUUGGUUCUGAGAAGAAGCAGGCGCAGAGGACCCGUCGGUCCUGCCCUCUUCCUUCCUCCCUCCAGCAGCAGGGCUACGAGAAGGAAGGAGACAUGGAAGACCUGUGUACGAAGGACAAGACCUGUGUGUGUUACCUGAGGAAGAACGACUAUGAGAGGGCGGUGGUGUGUGUAGCCUGCAUGCAGUGUCCGGCCAGCACCACUCUGCUCUGUGGUCACCGCUGUCUGUGUCUCCAGUGCUCUGACCGCGUGAUCUGCGAGAUCGGAACCUGUCCUCUCUGCCGCCAGCCCAUCUGAAGCUUCAGACACACGCGCGAACAUGCGCGCGCCAGCACACAUUUCAUCUCCGUAACGGGGGGAGGGCAACCCUUACUUUGACAAAUGUUAUAAAUAUUCUCCUGUGAAACUGCAAUUGUGGAAUGUUAACCCUCAGCUGAAAAAACUAUGUUUACAAUAUUCUGAUAACCUUGGCCAUUGGCUAUCAUGUGUAAUGUACAUUGUGUAUAUAGGCUAAAUGUUAUAUUUGUUUAAGAACGUAUAUCUGAAAAUGCGAAAAGCCUUUUUUUAUAUAGUAUUGUUAUAAGAUUUGUAUGUUUUGUUAUUUAUUUACUUUUAUACCUGACAUUAUUUUAUAAAAACGUUUUUUACACAGCAAUAUUGUCUCCACUUGAUAGAGAAUCGCUUCAAUAGCCGUCUGUUCAUGCAAUUAUUCAUUAUAGCCACUAGAGGGCGAUUCUGUACCGCUUAUACUGCGGUGAGGCCGCUUCAUGCCUCGAGUUGGAGUCUUGUAGGCUUCUGUAAGACAUUGAAAGUCUAGCCUGAUAUUUGAACUAAGCCAACAAUCACAUACCAAAAUAUAAAAAUUCAACCUAGAAGGUAGUUUUUCAGAAUUAAAAAAAUAAAUCGGAUUGAAUUAGGAGCAUAUCUCCUCUCCAUCAGUGAGCAUAUUGUAGUGUCCCCUGCUGAUUCUGUGUCGUAGGCCUAUCCCAGGAACCAUGUUUGGUAGUGUAGGGGAAUGAAAUGCAGAUGUCAUGUGACCUUUGGUUUAGCAUCUCAACUGCCAAGAUGUU